AAUGGAUCCAAUAAUUUAAUCCCACCAGCUGAAAACCCUCAACUCUCUGCCUCCUCUUAUCUCUCUGUUUCUUACUUUUUUAUUUAUUUAUAAUGCUCUCUGUUUCUUACUUUCUACACACAAAUUGACAUACCCAAGAACAAGCCUAGCACGAUUUGAUCGACACACAAAGAUGCCACCAGUCGCCAACGACUCGCCGGCGGGCGUCCGGGACCCACUCCUCCCGGGCCCGGAUCCAGCCGGCGACAAGGCCCGGCCCGAGAGGCUGACCAUCGACGAGAUGCUGCAGAGGCACUGCGGCGAGUUCGGGUGGUGGCAGCUCCGUCACUUCGCGUUGACCAACCUGGCGUUGACUCUGGAGGCGUUCCACACCAUGGUCAUGGUCUUCACCGACCGCGAGCCGGACUUCCGGUGCGGCGGCGGCGGCGGCGGUGGUGGGUGUGACCCGGCGGCGGUGGCGCAGGGGGUUUGUGGGCUGGAUCCCGGGUCGUGGGAAUGGGCCGAUGGGCCUGGGGGGACUAUUGUGGCUGAGUGGGGGCUGGUUUGUGGGCAGAAGUUCAAGGUUGGGCUUGUCCAGGCUGCUUUCUUCGUUGGGUGUAUGAUAGGCGCAGGAACCUUCGGCCAUCUCGCCGACGCCACGCUGGGCCGGAAAGGAUCUCUCACCGUGGUCUCCAUCAUGAACGCCGUGCUCGGCUUUCUCACCGCGUUCUCUCCGAACUACUGGGCCUACCUCGUCGUCCGCCUCCUCACCGGCAUCAGCUGCGGCGGCGUCGGCCUCGCCGCGUUCGUCCUCUCCACCGAGCCCGUCGGUCCCACCAAGCGCGGCACCGCCGGCGGGUCCUCCUUCUACUUCUUCUCCUCCGGGAUCGGCCUCCUCUCCGCCCUGGCCUACUUCCUUCAACCCUGGCGCCAACUCUACAUCGCCUCCUCGCUGCCUUCCGUCGCCUACCUCUUCCUCGCCCUGCCCUUCAUCUCCGAGUCGCCACGUUGGUAUCUAGUGCGCGGGAGAGUUGAGGAAGCAAUGAAGGUGAUGCGAUCGAUUGCAGAGUCCAACGGAAACAGCAUCCCCAACGGCGUCGUUCUAUCACUGGACGAAGACACAAGCAGUAACGGCAACGAGAAGGAGAGCGAGCAAACGGCGUUAAUAAUAACCACGGGUACCCUAAUGGACGUCCUCGGGUCGCCCGUGACCCGAACCCGACUCCUCCUCGGCAUGGCGGUCUGCUUCCUCUCGUCAACCGUCUACUACGGGCUCAGCCUCAACGUGGUCAACCUCGACACCAACCUCUACGCCAACGUGGCGGUCAACGCGGCGGCGGAGAUGCCGUCCUUCACCCUGACGGCUGUCCUGCUCGACAAGGUCGGGCGAAAACCGCUCGCCAUCACGACUCAGGUUUUCAGCGGGGUCUCGUGCAUUGUCGGGAGCGUGGUGACCGGACGCGCCGGGGGCAGCGCGUGGGAGGUGGUGAGGACGGCGUGUGGGGUGAUGGGGGUGUUUGGGAUGGCCGGCGCGUAUAACAUGUUGUAUGUGUACGCGGCGGAGCUGUUCCCGACGGUGGUGAGGAACGCGACGAUGGGGUGCGCAUUGCAGGCGGCGCAGGUCGGGGCGAUACUGGCUUUUUUGUUGCCGGAGACGUUGAACCGGCUGUUGUAUGAUACGAUUGCUGGGAUUGAAGAGGGAGAGAUAUCAUGA